GGCGGGGGCGGCCGGGGCCGCGCCGCACCGCACCGCGCGGGCGGCCAUGGAGCGAGCCUAGGGCCGGCAGCGAACGAGGAAAGGCCUCUUGGCCUCAUGAGUCCGGGGUGUGCAUUUGUCAUCCCAGCCUGAGAUCAGAAGUGGAGGCUGGUGCAGAAAAGAGGAAUUGUGGGAGGCGCUUCCGUGAAGAAAUGGACCAAUGUGCAUGAUCAUGGACUCUCCUUGUUAGCCAUCACCACCUGUUCUCUUCAAUGAGGAAGAGUGGGUCAGGGGAGAGGGAGAAGAGGUCAACAUGAAGCUAAAGCAGCGGGUUGUGCUGCUAGCGAUUCUCCUUGUCAUCUUUAUCUUCACCAAAGUUUUCCUGAUUGACAACCUAGACACCUCUGCUGCCAACCGGGAGGACCAGAGGGCUUUCCACCGAAUGAUGGCUGGCUUGAGGGUGGAGCUGUCGCCCAAGCUGGACCACACCUUGCAGUCUCCCUGGGAGAUUGCUGCCCAGUGGGUGGUUCCCCGGGAAGUAUACCCUGAAGAGACACCAGAGCUGGGGGCAAUCAUGCAUGCCAUGGCCACCAAGAAAAUCAUUAAAGCUGAUGUGGGUUAUAAAGGAACACAACUGAAAGCCUUACUGAUUCUUGAAGGAGGACAGAAAGUUGUCUUCAAACCCAAGCGGUAUAACCGAGACUAUGUGGUAGAAGGGGAACCAUAUGCUGGUUAUGAUAGACACAAUGCAGAAGUAGCAGCCUUCCAUUUGGACAGGAUUCUGGGUUUCCGCCGAGCCCCCUUGGUGGUUGGCAGAUUUGUUAAUCUACGGACAGAGAUCAAGCCCGUUGCCACGGAGCAGCUCUUGAGCACCUUCCUGGCCAUAGGAAAUAACACUUGUUUCUAUGGGAAGUGUUACUACUGCCGAGAGACAGAGCCAGCCUGUGCUGAUGGAGACACAAUGGAGGGAUCUGUCACACUUUGGCUUCCAGAUGUGUGGCCUCUGCAGAAACACCGACAUCCCUGGGGCAGGACUUACCGAGAGGGCAAACUGGCCAGGUGGGAGUAUGAUGAGAGCUACUGCGAUGCUGUGAAGAAAACGUCCCCUUAUGACUCUGGCCCACGCCUCUUGGAUAUCAUCGACACCGCUGUCUUCGAUUACCUGAUUGGAAAUGCUGACCGCCACCACUAUGAGAGCUUUCAGGAUGAUGAAGGCUCUAGCAUGCUCAUCCUUCUUGAUAAUGCCAAAAGCUUUGGGAACCCUUCACUGGAUGAGAGAAGCAUUCUCGCCCCUCUCUAUCAGUGUUGCAUCAUUCGGGUUUCUACCUGGAACAGACUGAACUACCUAAAGAAUGGUGUGCUGAAGUCUGCCUUAAAAUCUGCCAUGGCCCACGACCCCAUCUCCCCAGUGCUCUCCGACCCUCACCUGGACGCUGUGGACCAGCGGCUCCUGAGUGUCCUAGCCACCGUGAAGCAGUGCACUGACCAGUUUGGGAUGGACACUGUGCUGGUGGAGGACAGGAUGCCUCUCUCCCACUUGUAAUUCUCAACACAGAAUAAGUGAAACUUGUUUUUACAGGGAUAGAGAAACAGCACAAUCAAUUCCAAGAAGUACGAGAUGGUUUAGAGAUGGCCUGCAGCAAGUUCUGGUGAUAAGGAACAGGGUGGCCUUGGAUUUCUUGGGUGUUUUCUGUAGUGGAAACUGAAGCAAAGAUUACAAACUUCACCAUGGAGACAUUCCUGCCAAACCACCUUCUACUUCUUGGCAUUUGCCCGUAUUCCCAGUGGGCAGCAUGGUUGGUCAUCCUGAGUGUCAUGCCAGAGAACACAUAGAGGCCUAACAGUACUGGGAUUGGUUCUGAAGCGGGUAUUUGGAGUUCAUCCUCGUAGUCCUUUCUCCAUGUGUGUGGGUCUUCUGAAAACACAAAAUCUAGAGUCCUUUUUGACCAGGACUAGUCACAUUGGGGAUUUCACUGCCCCCUGAGGAGUAGUAACAAGUAGAACCUGGCUCUCUGUUGAGCCAGAAUAGCGUGCUCUUUGAAGAGGGUACGUUUUCAGAUAGGAUUAGAGGGAAGGGCAAAAGCAGGAAAUAUUUCUGCACUUUUAAGCGAUUAGGUGGCAGCGCUUUUGAUGAUGCUCAAAGGAGGGAGGGAGAGACACACUUGGUGGAACCAGAAUCGAGAGAUGAUUGCGUUCAUGAGAAACAGGCUCCGCUGUAUCUAAGUUCUUAAGGUGUGAGAAUGUUAAGGUGACUCGCACCUGAGUACAACCUGCAUUCUCACAGUUGUGUCCAAAUUAACCAAACAGAUUGUCUCUGCAGAUUAUAUUCUUUCAACGCAAGCACUAUUCUCUUAUGCAGACGUUUUUUCCUUUUGCCCAAAGCAGGCAAAUCCUUUCAAAAUUAACAAAACCAACUGAAAUAAUACCUUUAAUAAGAGUUAGGUUGCCUUUGUCAUUUGUGCCGUCCUGAUUUCUCCUCUGAAAUGAAUUUCCACCUCUGCCUUUAAGGCAUUUGGUCAUUGAAGCUACUGUUCCCAAGAGAAUGGCAAUCCUGUUUGUGCCUUCUUAUGAGAAGAGCCAGCUCACCCUGCAGAUGAUACUGCACAUCCUGCCUGGUGUCUGGACUUGUCUUGUGAUUUGGGCCAUCCAGAAAACUGGAAACAAAGAUUUUUAACCCUCUGAGCCUUAAAAUUAAGGAAGUUUAAAAAAAAAAAAAAGACCUAAACAAUAAAACAUGAGAACCCUCAAAAAAAAAAAAAAUUAAGGAGGUUACUCAGAAGAGCCUUAAGAUUUUGAUCUAUGUCAAACCCUAAUUUCAUCAUUUAAUUUUGUUUGGAGUUGUGAACCUGUGAUAUAGUAUUGUUCUUCUAUUAGCACUCUCCAAUUUCAGGUUGCUAAAACACAGGCAUAGUUCACUGUUCUAGCAAAGCAAUUUGACAUGUAAGUGGUUACAGUAAAAUACAGGGCCAGUCACUGUGUACACAAAACUAUGUGCUUCUCUCCUGCAUCUUGUCUGGGUGCUCUUCCAGUUUUGUGCCUAUGUCAAGCAGGAACUAGUAUUUAAACAGUGCAGUUGAACAAAUUUAAUGCCAGCCACUGGAAACCAGUUUUAGGCAACCACCCUUCCAAAUUACUACAGUUUAGAAUUUAUGCCCCAAUUUUCUCCUGUUGAAAUAUAACUGAGUAAGCUGUAACUACUUUAAAAUAGCACGAAAUUAGGAUACUUUUGUACUUUGUAUGUACAUUUUGAGAUGCAGACAAGAAUGGGCUGAGUUAUAAGAAAAGCUACUGAAUUCAGGAAGGCAGAUACUAGCACAAACACUGAAAAACAGUGUUACCAAAAGGAGACAUAGAUGGCAGUUUGAAGGCCAUGUACUAUGCACAUGCAGGGAAAUGCACAGUUGAGCUUGAGGACGCCUUAGGUGAUACCCUGCCUCAUCAAGGCAUCAGCUUGAGGGAGAUGGGCAGGAUGUCAGCACUGCUUUCCUUGGUAAAUGUUAGUUAAACUAAAUAAUGGAUCAGUGUUCAUUCAAACACAAUACCUUUAAUAUGCCACAGUGUGAUGAGUAAGAACUGUUCGCAGCCUGGGAACUUUCUUCACAAUGUUGACGGCAGAAGAUUCUGCUAAGGAGAAAAGCAGGAGGGAAAGCUGCUUUGAAAAUGUCUCAUCCUUUUCACAAAACAUUGUAGAAAAUGUUUAAUUUCGUUCUCCUUACCUACUAUUUUAAAAUUCAUGAUCUACAGGGAUUAAAGUUAGAUUUAUGCUAAAAAAGUAGUGUGACAUGGCCCUUAGAAGAUCAGGAUUGGAUUAAGCUGGAGAGUGUUUAGGUGAAUCUUGGACAAAACCAGCAAUAAACUUACAGCCCUAAAAUUCACAAACACUAAAUUCUGUUUAAAGAGGUAGAUAUCUUUCUUUAAAGUUUGGUAACACUGUCUAUCCUCUUUAUGGUUUAUUUAUUAGAGUCUAGCACUAUUAUAAUCAAAUAAGACAUUGGAAUGAUUUUUGGUCAGCCCUAACUUGGGUGUGCCUAGCUAACAUCUAAGGGUAGAUGUGGAUACAUUUUAAUAUUAUAAAACUAGGAAAAUUAGAACUGAUGUCAUUUCCUGCCCAUCUACUUUUUAAAAUAUGUUUAUUCCAGAGUUUGGGGGAAAUACGGGCAUAGAUGUUUCAUUCUAAAAUUGUUCUUUAGUAUGAGGCUAUAUUGUGGGUUUGAUCAUAAAUAAUUCUAUAAAACAUUCAUAGGAUCUGCUUUGCUGAGUAUAUUAUUAACAUAUUAAUAAGGCAUUUCUCCAUGUUUGCACUCAGGAUUACUGUGUCAAAUGAAAUAUAAGAAAGAAACAAGA